GGAGUGUCCGAGGUCUUGGCAUAUGAAAGAUCUUUGGAGCUGGGAUUUAGGUUUCGGUUUCCAGCGAAGUCGAGCGCGGCGUUUCCUGUGCUGCAGUUUAUCAGCCGCAUUUAUAGACGGCGUGUCUGAGUAUUAUUCAGCAUAAUAUUCGCCUUUAUAAAUCCGAAUACAGCACGAUGGAUGUGUUUAUAAUGAAAAUUAUUUGCGGUAAUAAUGGGGCGAUGGACUACGAUGAAUUGGUUGAUAUAGGAUCUGGCCUGAUGGAUUUAAAAGGAGUUUUUGACAUUGUCUUCGGAAAUCCCAGGGACUUUUCUGUUGUUGUUUUUAACGGGAAAAAGAGAGUCAUCGCUAAAACAAACGUUAGGCUGUGCAAAGUAGGGGGAUGCGUGGACUGCACUAAUUUACACCUGUGUAAGUUUUACCUUUACGGAGACUGCAAAGCCAGCAGGAGAAGGAACGGAUGCCGUUUUUGCCAUGAUAUGAGUUCGCAGCACAACAGCAAGGUUCUCGUGGAGAAUAACCUGCAGCUGCUGGACACCAAGGAACUGCGGACGCUGUUGCUCCAGAACGACAACACCCUCCUGCCUCCGGUGUGUGUCUCGUUCAACGGAGGCAGCAAGGAAUACGGAAACUGCCCCGAACAAGCGGCCUGUAGGAGGCUUCAUGUCUGUGACAAGUACAUCCGGGGAAUCUGUGAUUCUGGGGCGGACUGCUGCAGGUCACAUGACUUCUUUGAGCCCCACCCAAUGACCGUCUUGCAGGAUAGAGGAAUACCCACUGACCUCAUCACAUCCAUGCUGUCUGUCUACCAGAACAUAAGGGGCUUGAAAUUUAAAAACAAUGUGACGAGAGACGGCAGAGACAAGCUGAAACCCGUUUCAGAAAAGACUGAGAUCUGCCUUUAUUUUGUGAAGGGGAGUUGCACACAAGGAGGCAAAUGUUGGCGUGUCCAUUUCAACAUGCCCUACAGAUGGGAGGUGCAGGACCAGAAGGGUUGGUCACCACUUCCAAACAAUGAAGGAAUUGAGAAAGACUAUUGUAACCCGGCCAUGAUAAAGAGUGAAGGACAGGAGCCUGUGUGUUUUGACACAAUGACACAAGGACUGGCCAAAGUGAGACGUCUCUCUACUUUGUCCUCUGUGCAAAGACCUGACUUCAUUCUUACCACUGAGUGGGCCUGGUACUGGGAGGAUGAGCAUGGGAACUGGAUCAAAUACGGAUCGAUACAGGGAAUGCACAGAUUGUCAAACAUCACCAGUGAGGAUCUGGAGAGGCAGUACCUGGAAGGUAACAGCAUGGAGGUCAAAUUUACUGCUGGGAAUCAAGCAUAUCAAGUCAGUCUGCAAGAUAUGUCACAAAGAAACGAGAAGUACAGCACCGUAAGGAGAAUCAGGCGCCGUCCUGUGUUCGUGUCAUCGGCCGAUGCACAGAAGAUCAGGACCGGCAAAAGACCCAACAACACCCAGAAUUUUAAAGCACUGCCAAAAUACUGGGAUAAGUCUUUGAUUCCUGAAACUGGACACAAGAAAGUUGUGCUGCAGAGUUCAACAGAAGAAUAUCAGAAAAUUCUGGAUCUUUUUCAGAAAACGAUGCGUGGUUUCAAAAUUCAUAGCAUAGAAAGAAUCCAGAAUAGAUCUCUGUGGGAAGUGUUUCAAUGGCAGAGAGACCAGAUGAAAAAAAUCAACACUGAAAAAUACUCUGUAGAGAGACUCCUUUUCCACGGAACUGACUCCAAACACGUGGAUGCCAUCUGCAAGCAGAACUUCGACUGGAGGAUCUGUGGAACACACGGGACGGCCUACGGCAAAGGCAGUUACUUUGCCAGGGAUGCCAAAUACUCACACAGCUACACCAGCUCUUCAGAGCUGAAGACUAUGUUUGUUUGUCGAGUGCUGGUGGGAGAGUAUACUAGAGGAAGCCAAACUUAUGUCCGCCCGCCCUCAAAGGAUGGAGGAGACACCAUUUUCUAUGACAGUUGUGUGGACGAUGUCAAAAAUCCCUCAAUAUUUGUGGUGUUUGAAAAGCACCAGGUGUAUCCUGAAUACCUAAUCAAUUACGAUGAAGAUAUGUGGUCUUCAUCUACAGUGACUGUGCAGACAACCCCCUCCUUGCAAUAUCCAGUGCCAGCCAGUACGGCCUAUUCUGUGUUCUCCAGUCCAGUCCAAGCUCCUCCUUCAACCAGUGCCACUUCCUCUGCAUUGUCCAACCAACUGCAAGCUCCUCCUUCAACCAGUGCCACUUCCUCUGCAUUGUCCAACCAACUGCAAGCUCCUUCUUCAUCCAGUGCCACUUCCUCUGCAUUGUCCAACCAACUGCAAGCUCCUCCUUCAUCCAGUGCCACUUUCUCUGCAUUGUCCAAACAACUGCAAGCUCCUCCUUCAUCCAGUGCCACUUCCUCUGCAUUGUCCAAACAACUGCAAGCUCCUCCUUCAUCCAGUGCCACUUCCUCUGCAUUGUCCAACCAACUGCAAGAUCCUUUUUCAUCAAGUGCCACUUGGUCUGCAGUCUCCACUGGGAUGCCAGCUUCUGCGUCAUCCACUGCCAUUUCUUCCAAGUCAUCAGUAAAUGUUAGACCUACACAGCUUAACUGGACCUCCAAUUCAACACAGUCCUUCUCUAGCACAAACCCUAGCUCAUCAAAAUCAUUAUCAUCCCCUACACACAACACCACUACUCAAUACUCUGGAAGCACUUCAUCAUAUUCAUUUAACCAAGCUGGCUCAAAAGGCACCUUGACUCACUCAACCACUCAGAGUGGCUCAACAAGCAACUAUAAGCAGCCCUAUUUUUACAGCCAAGAUACAAGCUCUCUGAUGCAAGGACCUUCUCAGGCAGGCUCAAGAAUCAAUCUAUAUCAGGGAUCUACCCAGGCAGGCUCACUUCGAAGUCGACCAGCUACCACCCCUCGCUAUACUAAUGCUUCACCAAAGAAAGACUGUAUAAUUCUGUAAAUGUUUGGCUGUAAAUUCACAUUUGCAAAUUCCAUGCCUAGAGCAGUAUAGUUGCCUUCACUAUAUUUUAAGACUUUUGAUUGCAGAAAAAAACGUCAAUCUGAAGCAUCUUGAUUUAAGAAGUAGCAGUAGGCAGAAUAUUACGUAAAAUAUUGUGUGAAACAUGCAUCUUACAAACAACACAAAGCACUUAGUAGAAAUGUACAUAAAACACUAGGAAUCUUUGAACCAAGUUAAAUUCCUGUCCUGUUAAUGUAAUUUUUUUAACACAAAUAGUCAAAAAGCUUGUUUGUGUUAGGUUAGGUAUUCCCCACUUAAACUAUCAUUUUAUAUAUGCCCACAUAGUGGCCAGAACAGAGAAAGUGUUUAUAUUUGUCUGUUUAACUGGCUUUUUCCAAAACACUUUUAGAUUUUUCGCCAUUAUUUGGGUAUUUCGUUGGAGUAGUUCUGGUCAGGUGCUUUACUCCAAGGUACAGUAGUCUGGCCAGUCUUGAAAUAUCCGUGUAUCUUUAACUACAAAGUUAUUUGUUGUCCCUGGAAAGAAUAACGAUAGGCAGGGUAGGCCUAUACCCAGGGGCGCCGUAAGGGGGAGGAAAGCUAGGACGAUUCCAAGGGCCCCUGAGUGACAGGGGCCCUAAAAAAUUAGGAAAAUAACUGGAUUGGUUUGGACUGGGGGGCCUAAUAUGAUAUGCUUUCAUGGGGCCCAAAAUCUUUAGCAACGCCCCUGCCUAUACCUCAUAAACUGUAGUCAGUGGAAAAUUGCUGGCCUCAGUUUAUAAGUAGCCUACAGUAUAAACCACAUAUGGUGGACAAAUUUUGAAAUAGUACCUUCCAGUACAUAAAUGAAAUACAGGCAGCCCCCAGCUUACGAACGAGAUCGUUCCCUGAAUCUGUGUGUAGGUCGAAUUUGAAGUUCAGUUGGGAAAAUAACAAUAGAUCACAUAAUAAUAAUUAUUAUUAUUAUUUUAUACAGCAAUACUGUAUUGUACCUGGAAUCCGACGAACUGCUGAAGCCGCGUAAUGUUUUCAUGAGCAUCGAUCCUUUAUAUUAGUCUGUCCCUAAAAACGAGGUAUCCGUAAUUCAGACGUUCUUAACCCUGGGACUGUCUGUAUUGUAGAAACUUUAAAUCAAUUUUUCCAUCAUUGCUGGUACAGACCUAAUGUUGAUUAUUUUUAAUUAUUUGAUGCCGAUACCAACUGAUCACUUAAUUGUAAAAAUUACGUCGGCCUCGGAAUGGUGCGUGAGUGUUCUGUGCGAUGGGUUGGCGCCCUAUCCUGGGAUGUUCCCUGCCUUGGACCAUCCAGGAUUGGCUUCAGACCCCUGAUAUGACAAGCAGUUACAGAAAAUGGAUGGAUGGACGUCAGCCUCGUUAUUUCCUUAAGGCAUUAAAGUUGAUUUAAAGUGAAAA